GAAAUAAUUAAUUUCGUCAAUAUUACUCUCGUCGGACUUAAUAUUCACGGGACAGAUUUCCGGUGGAGUUGCCGGUUGGGAAAUAGGAAGUCAACAUGUCGACUCUGUACAAGAACAGGAUUGAAGAAUUCAGGAUUGCUUUGAAUGAACCAAAGAUCAGCCUCUCAAAACUGCGGGAACUCUGCUUCAGUGGAAUUCCAUUUGAAGGAGGGCUGCGCUCGCUUUGUUGGAAGAUCCUCCUCAAUUACCUUCCCAUAGAGCAGGCUCAGUGGAGCUCCUCCUUGAAGAAACAAAGGGAAAUUUAUGCACAGUUCUUGAAGGAGAUGAUCAUUCAGCCUGGCAUUGCCAAGGCAAAUCUGGGUUUCUUCCGAGAGGAUGUCACAUUGGAAGACCAUCCCUUGAAUCCAAACCCUGAUAGUCGAUGGAACACUUACUUUAAAGACAAUGAGGUUCUCCUGCAAAUUGACAAAGAUGUCCGGCGAUUAUAUCCAGAUAUGGCAUUUUUCCAGCGGCCCACUGACUAUCCAUGCCUUCUGAUUAUGGAUCCCCAAAAUGAGUUUGAAACGCUUCGAAGGAGGGUAGAGCAAACCACUUUGAAAUCCCAGACAGUCGCACAUAAUCGGAGUGGUGUCACAAAUGUUUGUUCCCCUCGCAAAACAGCCUCUGCCAAUGAAUAUGAAGUGCUUCCCAAUGGCUGUGAGGCUCACUGGGAGGUGGUCGAGAGAAUCCUGUUCAUUUAUGCCAAACUGAACCCAGGAAUUGCUUACGUACAGGGCAUGAAUGAGAUUGUGGGUCCGAUUUACUAUACCUUCGCUACCGAUCCUAACACUGAGUGGAAAGAACACGCAGAAGCAGACACAUUUUUCUGCUUCACAAACCUGAUGUCAGAAAUCAGGGACAAUUUCAUCAAGAGCCUAGAUGACUCGCAGUGUGGGAUCACUUGUAAAAUGGAGAAAGUUUACUCUACACUGAAGGAGAAAGACAUGGAUCUGUAUCUCAAACUGCAAGAGCAGAAUAUCAAGCCACAAUUUUUUGCCUUUCGCUGGCUCACACUACUGCUAUCCCAAGAGUUCCUUCUUCCUGAUGUUAUCCGAAUAUGGGAUUCCCUCUUUUCUGAUGUUGACAGAUUUGAUUUCCUCAUCCUAGUCUGCUGUGCCAUGUUGAUUUUGAUUCGGGAUCAGUUACUUGCUGGAGACUUCACGAUAAACAUGAGACUGCUACAGACAGUGGGUUCCUUUCGAAAAGCAGCACGCUGGGAAGUGCCUUUGAGUCCCAUCUCCAAAGAUCAGGUGGGGGAUUUCAGUGUGCCAAAGGCCCAGUAUUUGGAUUAUCCAAUUUCUGAUGUUGACCUGAUCCUGAAGAAAGCAAAAGAACUACAGGAUACUGCAUAGCAACAUUGCAAAUCUGCUCAAUAUUCCAGAAACUGCCAGAUACGCACAUGCAGCGAAUAUAUGGUGUGAAGGUGAUCAAACCUGCCUCUGCUGUGCCUUCUGAGAAAACUUCUCCACACUGCUAUGCAGUGUGUGGCUAAAGAGGUCUAUUACUCUGUACUGUGCAAUCCUGUGAUUCCUCAUCUCAUCCCAUUUGUGUCACCCCCUGCCUCCCAAACACCAUGGGGAGAAAACCCUGUGAGAUUCUUGAUCUGUCUCUGUCUCUCUCUCUCUCUUUCUCUCUCUCGUGAAUCGAUAUGCACUAAUGGUGCUAAUUAUGGCGUCUGUAUGUUCAUAUGUAUUUAAAUUUGCACUCCAAAAUGAAGGCAAUGACCUUUCCUCUAAUGUAAGAGUAUGGUAGAAGAUGUUAAUAAACAAACUCUUAUCACAGAGUUAAAGGAAGCAAAAGCACAAUUCUACAACAUUCUUGGUUGGUGCUAGAUGUUUGCUCUCUUUAUUGCUGUGAUGGAGGUCUCUGGGCUAGGCUAGUGACAGAUGGGUCAGAGGGUGAAAGAUCAGUCACUAAAUCAGGUACUUCAAUCGGAACUGCCCAAACCAAACCAAAAAACACUUAAGCUAAUGUUGCUUUGAAAUACAAACUGUAAACUCCUCACUGUCUUGAAUGUUGAAACACACAGUGAGGUUUACUAAAUUUUCAGUACCUACAGGAAUGUGGCCACAAGAAUUGAACGUUUUGCUGUGUUUUAAGGACCAGGAUGUGAUUGACCAAAAAUUUCUUGGGCAUCUAGGCAAUAUUUUACAGGUUUGCCCCACUGAUUGUGGUAGUCAGCAUUGCCACAAUGUCUUGUAAGAGAAUGUUGUGGAAGUCCUUUUUCACAGUCUCGUGCAACAUUUGAAUGAUUAUAUGGAUUUUCACACUGAUUGCCUUCCAGAGUAAGAUCUGAUCAUUGCUGCUGAUUUGAACAAAGUGCAAAAUGGUUUGUUCUUUGACAUUUCAGUUGCUGUAUCAAAGCUAGUAACUCACACUAAGAACUCUGAUUUGCUAAAUUUCAGAUGAGCCAGUGGUCAUAUCACCACAUUUACACCUGUAGUUAAGAUUUAUACUACUCUGCCAUGUGAAGCUGUAUAAUAUUUUUAGUGACUAUAAUUUAGUGUCACCCUUAGGGUGAGUGGUAGAGGGGCACAAGGAGCUUUGGGAUGCAUUGAAAUCAGUUCUCUUAAACUUAAACCUUUUAACCCCAGAUUAUUUUUUUUUAUUUGUUUGGAACUGUGUUGUGGAAUUCAUGGUUCUGUUUCAGUGCUUCAAAAGAAAUGUUUAACAGUUAGAAAAGAUUUAAGCCAAGGUUCAAAGCAUACAAAAAACAAUUUGCAUAUGUAGCAGAAAAAAGCAUCUGAAUUUGUCAAGCUUAAUUUUUGAAUGCCUGCUCCUAUAUGGCAAAUGUCAGAUUUGGAGCUAAUACUGGCUUUCCUAAAACUUUUACAGACUGUAUUUUUGUUUUCCUUUUCUACCUGCUUGUUAUUUAAUACUAAAUCACUCUGACAUUCUGAGAAGAAAGCUUCAUUUCUAACAAAAUGACUAGAUUGCUGAGAUGAUGCCAGAAUCAUUAGAACUUGUAAAACAUCUAGGGAAUAUUCCUCUGUUCUGUCCCUGACAUCAAUCCUUUUUUUUUCAAUGGGUUACCAAGGUGGGUCUCAGCUAGGUUUGGUUAGCAUUCGUCCAUCACCGUCACUGAAUGUCAUUUCUUAAUUUAAAUGAUUCCCUGUUAGGUUCACUUAUGAUUUUUGAUUUGACCUUCCCUGACCUUAUUGCAAAUAUAACAUUUAGAUUACUGCCCACGUAAAACAAUAUCAACACUUUUAAAUGGGUUGGACUAAACUUUUCUCAUUGAAUUCCUUUAAUUGGUAUUACCUUUGAUCAAAGCCACAAUUCUGAUAGGUCUUGGGGGGACAAUUAUAUUCCAUAAUGAAGUAUGAAGGCAGCAUGAAAUAUUUUGUGACGUGUGUAUAGAUCCAGAAAAUACCACCAUUCUUCUUUUAAUUUUGGCAAUGUUUGCAUGAAUUUAAAAUCAUCCAAGAUUUCUAUUAGUCUCCAGUCUAUAUAAUUUUAUGGUUUGUGUUUUGAUAAUUGGGGAAAGCAAUUUGCAACAGUGGCAAGUCCCACAACUUUUUAACCUUACAUCAUUACUUUGAUCGGACACCACCCCUUGCAUAACUCUGAAAGUUCACUUUUUUUUGAGGUCCUAGGGUUUCCCCUUCAUCCACCUAACAAUAUGGUGCCUUUUCAUGCAAUUAUUACAGUUACUAUGUUUGUUGAUCUUUGUAUUUGGUCAGUUCUCGGCUGUCCAUCUCGGCAUUCUUCAAAGUUUAAAUAAAGAUCUGAUUGGAACAGCCAGCAAGCAGAGAAUUGCAAGACCAACUGAAAACCUCAAGUGUUGGGUGGGCAAAAGGGAAUCAGUAACUUUUAAAACUCAGCAAUUAAAGGAAGAAACUAAGGGUUCAGCAGCCUGCAGUCAAAAUAUAACCAUGCAAUUUCUACUGUAAUGUUUUCACACAGUAGAUCAUGUCCUUUCACAGUUGCAUCUUCAGGAUUUGUCAUUAUGAUGUGAUGUCAAGAUAUUGAAUAUUCUGUUGUUUUGAUGCCCCAUUGUGCUCUGCCUUACUCUUUCUCCCAUUGUAUCCUUCUCUGACUGCCCUGUUUUAUUCUCUAUGAAGAGAAGUCUUGCUCGUCUUUUCGGUGGGAACAAAGAGCCCUUUCUUGUUUGCUCAACAUGACACAAGCCACUGUACUACACAGACAUGAUGUCAGUAUUAUUACAGAGUGCAAACCAAUUUCACCUGGAAGUAUUCAAAUAUCUGUUUUCAAGGACUGCAGAGUGAAUCUCAUAAGGGUAUGGACUCUAUUUAAAUCUUGUGAAAUUUCUAUUCCAUUUAAUUCGAAUGUAUCCAUCAAAUUCACAGCACUUAAGAAUGAACUAACCCUUUCCAAUCCUCCAGUCGCAUUAGCCCUAUGAAUUUGAAGAGGUAAUUCAACCCCUCCAAUCUUUUUUGCCAUUCUAUUGAAUUGUGAUCAGAUUGUAUCUUAGCUCUGUUUAUCUGCUUCUGGUUCUGUUCUAUUACCAAACAAAAAUUAUAGGAUGUUAGUCUUGAGAUAUUCUAUUGAUCCCGGUCACCAUCAAUCAUUUCUAGAUAUCCACCGUCCUUCAUUUCCUGACAUUAUGCCUGAAUAACAUGGGAGCAGUUUAUGGUUAUCCCCUUGUUAUGCACUAGAUCAGAAGAAAUAGUUUUGCCCUAUCAAUCCAGUAACUGAUUUGAGCAUCAAAGCUUGUUCACCUUUUGUGGGAACAAACAACUGAAAAUAGAAAAUGUUGCAACAAGGUUGCCUAGGCUGUGGGAGUUAAAUCACUGGGUCUCAACCUGACCAUGGGAGGCAAUUUUGAGACUGCAGCUGUAUAUCAUACUACUAGCAGUAGGGCAAUGCACUUGAGGACCAGACAUUCUCUUCCACAUCUUCUCAUCAAGGGAAAAUUCCAAUUUAGUCUUGGUUAUUUUUCAGCGUAAUUUAAAGAGUAAUUAUAAUUCGUAAGAUCAUCUUUCAUUUUAUAUUAUGCUAGUCGUUGUCUGCCUCAACCCCUUAACCUUACUUAUAGACAUUUCUGUUCCCAUUGAUAUUUCCCACCACAUGUGAAUGCAGGCCUCCCAUGUCUCCUUCCUUAAUGAAGCCCCUUUUCUAUUGAUCACCCCUCUCCUGACCACAGGUGCCUGAAUCUCCACUUUUUUUUUUGCUGAAGUGAGUGGUAUUCCUUGUAAAAUCCAUAAAUAAAUUUCUAAUUUUUUAGGAAAUGCCCAUGGGGGAAAUACUGUGACACAAGUAUUUUCACACUUCUCCCAUCUUUUCCCCGUUUCACUUGUAGUACCUGAGAGCAAAGGGCAUAUAUUGCUAAUGUGACACAAAUUUAUGCUUGCAACUGCAUGACAGGAUGACCUUCCAGAUUAUGGACAAAACAAAAUAAUACUGUUUAUUAUAUUUUGUGGAGUCAGCUCUUCAGAGUAGUGUGCAAAAAUUCAAAUUGGUCUGGAUUUAAGCAUUUACAGAAUGUAUACUUUGGCUACCAGUGCAUAGUUUUGUGUUUGAAACACUUUUUUUCUUGUUUGGAAUGCAAUGAAUGGCAAAAGCUUCUUUUUAAAAAAAAAUCUUAUUCUGGUGAAUGUUGUUUGGGUUUUAGUUUCAAAAGGUUGUGAUAUACUCAUUAUUUCUCUGUUGAUCUCUGGCAAAGGUACAAUGUGCUCAAAACUCAGGUAAAGAAACGGCCACCAGCACUGCAAGAUGUAUCUGAUUUAAGUGGUCAAGCAGAGAAAACUGACAGUGCCCUAUGACUGCAGUCGUGAUCGCAGUUUCUACAUGCACUGUCUUUCAUGUAUUCUAUAUAUCUGUAUCUUGCUCAUGCACCUUGUAUGCAUGCUAAUGCUUGCUCUUGCACUGUAUCCUGCUUGCUCUUGCCUGUCUUUGUCUUAACCUUUCAUGAGACACAACAAGUAGUCUGCAUCUUCCUUGUAUACUCUAUCUGACUGCUUUUUACAUUGGUGUUCUGUGUCUCACAUAUUGUACAUACCUCCUGUUUCUUGAACACAAUGGUUGCAAGCUUGUGGUCUGUAGCCAUUGGUUUCUCUCCUUGCAUGAGACAACAUAAAUGGCCUUUCUUGUACAGACUCUGUCUGUUUCUCACUCAUUCACACAUUUGUGUCACACUCAACAUCGUCCCUUUAUAGGUGUUGGGGAGAAGUGAUGGUCAAUGUUAGAACAAAGGGUGUUAAAAUAAGUGGCAAUGGAAAAACUUGUUUCUGCCAUUGUGCAGUGUUAUUUUAAAGGUUAGAAUAUGGUUAGAAUUGUGUUCAUUUAUAGCUGGAUAUCAAGUGAUGGGUUAUCUUUUAUUGUGUUGAUGCUACAGAGCCAUGUAGGGCAUGUUGACACUAAUAGACCAAAAACACUUCCCGUGAGUGGUUUCACCUAAAUGUAAGUUAUAUAUCUGUCGAACCGUGAGUAUUUUUUUGUUGUAGUUUUACAAGUUACAAUAAGUUUUGUUUUCAGUAUCAGAAUUAGAAAGCAGGAGUUUUGCAGCACAUUCCAUCUGUGGGUAAAGCUCGAUUGUCAGUGUUUGUGGGGUAAAUGAAGAUGUUGAGAAUUAGAUGCCAAGCUGGAAAAUUGAUUUCAAGCUUUUACUAUGACACUUGCACUUGGCUAUCCCUGAGAAGCUACGAUAGGGGUAAUGGAUUCUGUGGAGUUGGCAGAUGCAGUUUCUGGGUGUAGGCAAGAAGCACUGCUAAGCUUCCUUUUGCUUCUAGGGUUUACCUAGAGCUGGGUAAGGUUUUAUCCCAGCCCUUAUUAGAAGGAUAAUGGCCCUCCUGAUCGCACAUUUUGUGGAACAGUCAUCCAACAGUUAGUGCUGCAUUUCUGCCUGGUUUGGAUAUGAGAUUGUUAAUUCCAGUGAAGAAUUAAUGUGAAUCUGUGCUCUCAGAACAGAAAGUGGCCUUAACAAAUUGUAUUCUGUUUUUAAAAGCAAAACAUGGUGAUAGUGGUGGUAGAGAGGGAAGGGAAAAGGCAAGGCAACAGGUAAUGUUUCCUACCAAUGGCAUGCAAUAUCCCGAGAGAACUUAAUUUUGAGUUAAAUGACAACAGUUGCAUUCACCUCCCAAAAUUUGUAGUAAUCAUAAAAGUUUUGGAAAUUUGAGGCUGAACUGGGAUUGAAGGCAAAGAGAGGCAGGUUAAACAACCACUGUACAGUAUGUGGCAUUAUUCUCUGAAGCUAGUAAUGCCCCAUUCACAACUACUGAUGUGUUACCAUGACAGCCAUGGAAUCCUGUAUAGAAUAAAACUAUUGACAUGUUUAUAAGUGUUGCCCUACUUAAAUGGAGUUGCAUGUGCCAUCAACAUCAUAAGAGUGGGGUUAAGUAGCUUGCUGCCAUUCUAUGGUUAUGCUUGUGUUUUCUCAUUAAAUUAUUUGGAGAAUUGAUUAAGGAAUUGACAAAGGCAGCAAUGAAACAUGUACUAAAUUACAAUGCAGGAAGGAAUAAAUGUCAAUUGCUAGUGUAUGAUGUAUAUAAACUGGAAUAUAUUGCAUUGGAAGAGCCAGUAAAUUAUUUUUUAAUCAUUAAUGAUAUAAACAUUUAUUUCAUGGCUGAUGGUGGCCAUUUAUUGAGUGGCAAGUUUAUAAUUUGCUGCAUUUUGCACAGGUAAAAAAAAUCUAAAUCAAUCAAUUCAAUUUUUCAGAAAUGCAACAGAGAAAGGAAGAUAUUAUUUACUGCUACUGCACAAGCUUUAUAUUUACUGAGCAAAUUCAAGACUAUGUUACAUUAAAGGGAUCAUAUUUUUCCUGCUGAUUAUGACUUUGGAUUAAUAUUGCCCCUCCUCCUCCAGCCAUGUGUUAUCACCUGACCAAUGGUCACUGUAAGCAUAAGCAGGGUUCAUUAUCUAAAUGCCUCCAUUUUUUAAAAUAACUUCCUGGCUCAUCUACAAACCAUCUGUGUCUAGCACCUUAUGAAGGUUUUGGGGGAAGGGGCAUUUCAUUGGUUUUCUUCCAUAUAAGCUCUCAAUUGUAUUUUUUUGUUUCAAUGAAGGUUUACUUAAUGUGUGAUAUUCCAAUGACUGUUAAUGUUUUCCCAAAAUGAUGUGCACUUGUAUUUAAAAAAAUUUUUUACAAAUUGCGCUUAAUGUCUGCGUCUGAAUUUUAGAAUGGAAACAAAUUGUUAGCGUAUUUUGUUCAAAGUGCACAUGGUUAAUUGUUGUUUUGGAAAAAAAUCAUUAAAAUAUAUACAUAUUA